AGUCUCAUCUUUAAAUUACACCCUUUCACCACUAGUUCUGCCGCGAACCACCUGUUAAACAACCAUCACCAGUUUUUCUAUUUUCCUUCGUAGCUCCGCAAUCUGUUUGGGGUUUCUAUUGGUUGGUUUGAGAAAAAAUAACAAAUACCUAAAUUAACAAUAUGCUUAUUGAAGAACACCCAGAUGGAAAAAAUCAAGAAGAUUUACAGGGGAGGCAGUAUUAGAACUGAGGGUGGUGUUCUUCCUCCUCUAUAUUGCCCUCCACUUUUACAUUCCCACUGUUCUUUUUUUUUUUUUAAUCCAAUUUUUUUUUUCUUCAAUUUUCUUUACACAGAUAAUAAAAGAUUGAUUCAAGCCUUUAAAGUUUUGAUUUUUGAUAAUUGAAUAUUAAAAUAGCAUUGAAAACAUCAUUUAAUAUGCUAGACCUUUGAUAGUUUAUUGGAAAAUAAAUAAUAAGAAGAAAAUGAAAUAGAUUUUUAAAAAAAAUUAAAAAAAGUACGAAAUUACACGUGGCAGUGCGUGUAUUCCAAUUCUUACCAAGAAUUUGGUUCUCCUUGCCAUGUCAACAUUAAGGUGGUAUAUAUUAUGUUUUAAAAAAGUUUAGGGAAGAUAAUAGGACCUCUGUAAAAAUAGGACUCUGUAAAAGUAAAGCGUGUCUCUGAAACUUCGAGUUACUUAUGCCUUAUCCCAAUUUAAUGUUAUAAUUGUGUUCAUAUAUUUCAUUUCUUGUUCAAAACAGCAUUUGAACAGGUUGACCCUUCUUGAUUUGAUUGGCUCCCGUGAAUUAAUUCAAAUUCCAGACCUAUCGGGGUCUCCAAAUUUGGAGAGGCUAAUCCUACAUGAAUGUAUUCACGGCUUGAAGAGGUCCACCCAUCUGUUGGAGCCCUCAAAAAGCUUAUUAUAUUAGAUGUGAGAGAUUGCGAAAAACUUGAAAGGCUUCCCACUAUGUUACAGUCGGGGGUUGAAGUUCUAAAUUUUUCUGGUUGUCGGAGUUUGAGAAAAUUUCCAGAAAUUCAGCAGAAUGUGAAUCGCUUAACAGAAUCAACAUCAGCAUUUGAACAUGGGAAUAUCCGGGGCUCUCUAGAUUUGAGGGGCUGCAGUAACAUUGAAACACUCCCUAGAAGCAUUUGCAGGUUGAAAACAUUGAGGUUUCUUUACCUCAAUCACUGUACUAAAUUAAAGAACUUGCCAGAAGACGUUUGCGAUCUGGAACACUUGGAGGGGGUUGAUGCAAGUGAAACUUCGAUCUGGUGCAUCCCAAAUUCCAUCACACGCUUGGAGAAACUAAAGUUCUUAUCUUUCCGAAAAGUGCCUAAGUUUUUUCAUGAGAGCGAGUUAUGCAGUUGGGGCUGUUUUGCCCAACUUGAUUUGAACUUUCAGUUUCCCAGUAAUUUACCAUCUGGCACACUUACAAGUCUGGAUCUUAGUGCUUGCAACUUAGUUGAUGGCAGUAUUCUUGAAUAUCUUGGAUGGUUUGCCGCACUAUUGACCUUAAACCUUAGCAGAAAUAGCUUCACCUAUUUACCUAAAAGCAUUUCACUACUUUACAGCCUCCGAUUCCUUGACAUAACCUAUUGUGAAAAGCUUAAAGAGCUGCCAGAGCUUCCUCCACGUAUAAUGGAACUGUUUGCAGAUGAUCGCUUUGCUUUGCAGAGCAUUCCAACACUACCAGCCAUGUACAAAGAGCUGUACUUGGUCUCCUUUGCUAACCUAAAGUUGCAAGAGAUGUGGUGUAAUUCACGCAGAGAAAGUUCUGGUGCGCAGAUGAGAAACUGUCCAAGGGAGAAUAUGACUGAAAUGCUAGAAGACAUUCUCCUUCCAUUUUUGUCAAUGGUACAGCAAAAGUUGGUUUUCGAUGACCCGCACAGAGGAGGGAUAUUUUGUAUUGCCUUCCCUCGAAGUGAUCCACGUGAUGAGGUUCCUUCGUGGUUCAUGUAUUCUGCGAAAUGUGCAAAGGCGAUGUGCUUCAAUCUUAACAAACACUGGUACAGUGAUACGUUUCUGGGAAUUGCUAUUUAUUGUCAGCUUCCAUUCUUAAAUGAUGAAUCGCCAAAAGACUCGAGUUUAUCAUUCAGUAUGUUUCGUAGUGUACAGGUCACUAUAAAAUUGGUGCCAGAUCGUGCUUCUAUUGAUCAACAACCUCUUGAAAAAAUAAUUCGUCUGUCAGUGUCGAGAGUAGUUGCAUGUGGCAGUUUUGACUGCUUUAUUUUCUUUCAAGUGGAUAUGAGUAAGGUGCAUCGCAAAGGAAAAGGUAAAGAUACUAUGGUAAAUGAUCCAAAUGACUACUGUAGAUUUGAGGUAUCUAUAGGUCCCUGUAUUCCAUUACAUUUGGGAGUUCAUUUGGUAUAUGCUGAUGAUAGUGAAGGAGAUGAGGUUGAAAUCUUGUCGGUCUAGCAGAGUCAAGAGCUUGUGUGAAGAGGAACAGUAUUGUGUGUUCUGAGGCUGCGAAGAUUGUCCGUCCCAGGGGAAAUAAGUCAUUUUUAUGAGACACUUAUCUUUUUAUGCUUGAAAGAGCUGUUUCUGUUCCCUCAUAAGUCAUUUCCACUGCAGUGUUGAACAACUGUUAAUUUAAAUGUUUUCGAUGUUGAGCACACUAGAGAAUUUCAUUAGAACAAAAGAUACAUUUCAUAUGAUACUUAGGCAAAGUUAAAUAA